GAAACUCCUCUCCCUUCUGCCAAGCUCUCUUGAUUGAAUUCGGUUUUUUCACGUUAUCGCAUUUCCACUACUCCGGCAUCCUCAUACGGCGGUUAUUGGUGGAUGGCCACGGCGGCGAAGGCUCCGGUUUAUGUGAGUUGGGAUGAGGUCUGUUUGUCUGCCGAUAAAGGCAGGAAGGAGGUUCACUACUAUCUCAAACGGAGAGAUGGACUCUCAGAUCUGGCGGUGGUUGGGACAGAGAAAGGCAUGAGACACAUCUCAUAUCACUACGCUAUAAAGCCCAUGUCUUUGCUAUCGGUAUCGAAUUCCUCGUCUCUUUCGAAGCUCCGGACCCGAAGAGAGGUCGUUGAUUGGCUGAAUUCUAUUGUUUCAGUUGCAGAUUUGCGUCACCAUCGGGAUAUAAGAGAUGAUGGUCAACCCUGUGAAGGUACGGAUGCAGUUCUUAAUGAUAUGAACGCAUUGAAGGAUGUUCAUUUGUGGAGACAGGGCCAGCGUGUCACAGAAUUCACUUGGCUAGGUUCUUCAUGGACCUGUAGGAAGAAGCGAUGUCAUUAUACUUCAUUUUGUAGGAAUGGUGUUCGAAUUUCAGUUCAUGACUUUGUUUAUGUAUUAGCUGAAGAAGAUAAGCGGCUUGUUGCUUACCUGGAUGAUAUGUAUGAAGACACCAGAGGCAAUAGGAUGGUUGUGGUACGCUGGUUUCACAAAAUUGAUGAAGUUGGUAUUCUUUUGCCUCAUAACUAUAAUGACAGAGAGAUUUUAUUUUCUCUUUGUCUUCAAAAUCUCAGUAUUGAAUGCGUAGAUGGACAGGCUACUGUCCUCUGUCCCCAGCAUUAUGAGAAAUUUUUGAAUGACGUAAGGCACACUCAGUCAGAACCAUAUGUCUGUCAAAGGCUGUUUGAUAAUGAUGACCUCAAACCCUUUGACAUAACCAGCGUUAAAGGAUACUGGAAUCAAGAGUUAUUAAAACGCAUGUCUUUUUCAUCUCCUUUGAGAGCUCAACCAUCUCCUCUUGGUGAAUUGAAGGUAGAGGAUAGGGUCACGGGCUUUGUUGAAAGCAGGCCUAACAAAAGGCUACGCGUUUCAAAGGAGUCUAACAUAUCCUCCCAGUCAGUUCCUCAGAAAGGGCCUGCUAAAGCUUGCCAAGAGUAUUGCAAUGGCAGUUCUAUAGCUACCAUGGAAAUAAGCACUUCGAAAGAAGGCUGUUUUGAUGGAUCAAUAUCUGGGAAAGUAGUAGUAACAGAGAAGACUCAGCAGAAUUUUGACAUUGGCUCUGAAGUUGAAAUACUUUCUCAAGAUAGUGGCAUUAGAGGGUGUUGGUUUAGAGCUUUGGUCAUUAAGAAGCACAACAAUAAGGUGAAAGUGCAGUAUAAAGAUGUCAAGGAUGCUGAAGAUGAGACUAAGAAUCUUGAGGAGUGGGUUUUGGCAACCAAGUUAGCUGCAUCUGACAAAUUGGGCAUCCGGAUACAUGGGAGAACAGUUCUUCGGCCUUCUCCCUCAUCGUAUAAGGGCAGAGUUUCAUGGGCUGUCAAUGUUGGAGCAAUUGUGGAUGCAUGGUGGAAUGAAGGGUGGUGGGAAGGCAUCGUUGUCAGGAAAGAAUCUGAAGACAGGCUACAUAUCUAUUUUCCAGGAGAGAAAGAAACACAUAUCUUUGGUCACAGUGACUUGAGGCAUUCACAAGAAUGGUUGGCUGAUGGUUGGAAACAUCUCAAGGAAAGGCAUGAGCUUGUAUCAGUGUUGUUGGGUGACUCGACAGUGAAGCAAACAGUAAAAGAGUCAAGUGAUGUCAUACUGGAACGACAUACCACAUGUAGCAAUGGUGUCCAUCAUCUAAGUACUGAAAAACCAAGAGAUGAAGUUGCAUCAGCAGGUAAUACUGAUGCAGAUGCUGGUGAGAGAUUAAAAGUGUUGGAGGGGGUUCAUGAUCUGUCUAAAGAUAAUCGACUUGCUCAGUUAAGGUGGAAGACAUCGGGGAAGAGAAGACGGUGUAGAAGCCCUGUUAACAAGGUGCGUUUGAGUUUUGAGAGAAAUCAAAACGUCACCAAGGAAUCUGGUAUGCAAAUUAAGGAGACGCUCUUCAUCCCGUCAUCCUUGAAGGUGGAUCUUGACAAUUGUAAAUACAUCACCGAUUCCCUCUUCAACUCCUCUGUUGUCUCUCCAUUAAGUAGCCUGGUCAUGUCUAGGUGAUGACCACCUUUACAAUCAGUUUAGAAUGUGUACAUGGUUCAAAAUGAUCUGAAGCAGUUGUAGGCCUUUGACAUGUUUUUUUGAGCAUGGGAAAUGUUUUUAGUGAAGCUGGUGAGGCAUUCCAAAAAUCCAUUCCCCUGUAUAAAUUUGUAAGAAGUAGAUAGUAGCCUGCCUGGCUUGUAUACUGACCCUGACCAUCAGGAAGCAGUUUUGAUUCAAUAGAAUAAAUAGAAUAACCUUUUAGAGCUCACAGUUCCUAAAUUUCUGCUUGUAUUCUGCAAUUGCUUACUUUGCAAUAUUUUAUAUGCCAAUAAAGUUGUCUUCUUUAAUUUGUUCA